ACGUUUGUAGUCGGAGAAAGUGGGAAUAGAACAGAGAAUAUACGAUAGUUAUGAAGUGUGAGAACUGCAUAUUGAGUUGGAAAUUUUCUUUUAUUGAGUGGUUAUUUGUUCUUAAAAUCCUGGAAAUUGUGUUUGAAAUCUGCCACAGAAGGCGAUGAACUCAAAAAUACACACAUGCCCUCUCAUUCUCUCCCCCCCUGAUUCUACAUUCUUUUAUGAAACUUCAUUUUAAGAUCGUGUGAAGUGAUUGAUGGGUGAAGGUUUAUGUGAAAACUACUUGUUAUAUUUUUUAAUGGUGAAGACUCAAAUGCGACACACAUAUGGUUUAUCGAGGCUAAUCUUAUUUUUGUUUUUCCUUUUAUUGUCUGUUAAAUCCAGUGCCAGUGAUCCUGGAGUCAUUAAGUUGAUAUGAAAUCCAGAGUUAUGGAUUAUUUCAAGCACCGCUAUUUACUAUCUUCUAGGCAAGCAUGUGUUUCCAUUUUGGUGAACCAACCUCUAGAAGAUUGGCAAAAAUUGAAGGUUGCCACUUGUUCAACACUAAGUGUGAAAAAAGUUGAAGAAGGGACAUUAGCACAUGCCAAUGACUAUACUGAAGUUCUCCGGAGAUGGGGUUGUACUGACAACGAUAUUGCACAAAUCUUUGCACAUGGGUCUUCUCUGCACAGGAGUGAAACAAACCAACUACAAAAUAAUCUCCACUUGCUGUAAGGCCUAGGGAUCACAUCUCCCGACCUUGUGAAGGUCAUUAAUUGUCGUCCCUGGUUCCUCGAGUGUCCGAUCAACAACUUCCAUGAGCGGAUUGAGUUUUUCUUGCAAAUGUUUGAAUCUAAAGAAGUUCUUGUUAAAGCCAUUUUAAGAGACCUCAAACCUGUACUUUCUCAAUAUGAAGAAAUAGGUCUUAGUAAAAAGGAUUUGGUUUGCAUGCUUCUAUUAUACCCCACAUUGAUUCCAAGAACUUCAUUCAAUAAUGAGAAGAUGGAAUUCAUACAAAAAACGGGGCUCUCACAGGGUGACAAGUUGUUCAAAUACGUCGUUACAAUCAUUUGUAUCUCACGACUUGAAACAAUUCGUCAAAAAGUAGCCAAUUUGAAGAAGUUUGGUUUCACAGAAGAUGAGAAAUUUGCUCUGAUUCGACGAUGUCCCCUUAUCUUGACUCUAUCAGUCGAUAAAGUGCAAAGGAACAUGACUUUCAUCUUGUACUCGAUGGAGUUACCUGCUAAAGUGGUUCUUCACUAUCCAUUUCUAUUACGUUUUAACCUGGAAGCUGUCCGGAUGCUUCUCGCAGGGAAAGUGGAGGAAAUGGGUCUCCAUCUGCAGAUCAAAGGCCGUUCAAUUCUUAGUGCCCUUAGAAUGCCAGAGAACAGAUUCUUGAAGAAAUUUGUUUACAGUCAACCACAAGAUGUUGCUGAUGAGUUGAUGCAGUUCUAUCAACGUGCAAAAGCCAUUAAGUGUUUGGCAGAAACCUCGAGGAAGAACCGUAAUAGACGAAGACGAUUGAACGUGCGAAAAACAGCAACGGAACAAUUAAGAACUGCUUUGUUUCCAAUCAAGAUUACAGAUGAUAUUGAAAAUGGCAACUGACAUUAAUGGUCAUCAGUUAAUUAAUUGUUACGAGGCUUCUUGGUAGUAUGAAUUAUUAGUUUCUUUCAUUUAUUUUAAAACGGAAUGUCUAAAGUUCUAAUGGUGGCCAGACAUUUACAAGUAAGGAUCUCAAAAUGGAAGGGGAUUGCAGAGUCACAUGGCUUUCAGGAAUCAAAAGGCCUAACUACAAGGAAAAAUGUAAAAUGUUGAACUACUGAUGUAUGAAAAUUCCAUUAUCUAUACUUCAAGAUUUUAUUUUGU